AUGGACCCGUACAUCACCCGUCCGUAUAGCACAUGUAGCUUGCCCCUGUCCCAUACACUUUCAUUUAGUUUGCUGGCUGGCACAAUGGACGAAAGGUUGAUCGAGCUUGUGCGGGGGUAUGAAGAGUUGUUUGAUAUGACAAACAGAAGGUACAGUGAUAAUUGCUAUAAAGACAAGAUUUGGAAGGUGAUUGGUGAAGAAUUAAACAAACCAGUAUCUGAGGGAACACUGCCAGUGCUAGUGUGCUGGCGACAGACUGUCUGCAGUGAUUGUCGGUCGGGUCGCGAACGGGAAGCUCUCGAGGACUGCCUGGCAGGACGAGGCUUCAGGACGCCCCAGAGUGCUGCUCUUCGCCUUCCGUCCUUGGCACCAGGCACCUCAGCCUUCACGCUCCGCAACGCCACCAUCACGCUGGCUACCAUACACCGGCCUCCCUUCACUAUGCUGAGGAAGGACCACAACAACGCCAUCCUUUCUACCUACGGGCUGUGCUUCUCGAUGCUGGAGCUCCUCAGCCAAACGUUGGGCUUCAAGUACCGGCUGGUGGAGGUGCCGGAUAACGGGUUCGGGGCCCUGCAGGAGGACGGCUCGUGGGAUGGCAUGGUGGGGAUGGUGCUGCGAAAGGAGGCUGAUGGCGCGGUGGCCAGCUUCACCGUGAACCUGGCACGAUCCAUGGUGAUCGACUACACUCACCCAUAUUUCGAAGAACCCGCCGGCAUCCUCAUCCCGCCCCCAACCAGCGGCGACACCAUGGCCUCCUUCCUCACGCCAUUUUCCUGGCAGGUGUGGGUGGUGACGGGGAUCAUGCUGGUGGUGGUGGGAUGGCUGCUGCACUUCCUUUCCACCAAAGGCGACUUGCCUCUGCUGUACCCUAACCAGAGCAGCACCCCCGGCCCGCUCUCCCACUACGUCGCCAUCACUGGCCAGGCUCUUGUCGCCCAAUCAAAUACAAUGCGACAGACCGAGCCAGCAAGGGUUCUCCAUGCCGCUUGGUGGUGUCUAGUGCUAGUGAUGAUCCACAGCUACUCAGGGACUCUCAUCGCCUCUCUCACCUCCCCCAGCAUCGUGAAGGUGGCGGACUCCCUGGCUGAGCUGACGGAGCAAACGAAGGUGGUGUGGGCGGUGCGCAGAGGCUCCAUCCACCAGCUGCUCUUCAUGCUGGCGGAGGAAGGCAUAUACGCCAAAGUGGGUCGUCUGCUGCAGGAGCGGUCUGACCUCCUAGUGGGGUCGGACAACGAGGGCCUACAGAAGGUUCGGUCGGGCGGCCACGCCUUCAUCAAGGAAAUGUCUUUCCUGGAGUUCGCUAUCGCUGAUGACCUUGCUGCCAACGGGAAAUGCAGCUUCGGCCUGGCUGGGGAUGGCUUCUUCAACGCGCACAUCGCUUGGAUAUUCCAGAAACAGUCACCCAUCACUGCCGUGAUCAACACCAAGUACUCGUGGCUCUUUGUUUCUAAGACUUAUACAAAAUUUAGAGACACUUAUAUCACGUCAUUUAUUGUCACAUUAAUGGUGCUACUGGCGCAGAGCGGCCUCACGACUAAGUGGAGGCGCGAAUUUUUUCCACCGCCCAACGAGUGCACACGACCCAAGGCGAAGGGUCCGCGGCGGCUGUCUCUAGAAGACCUGUCCGGCUGCUUCACCCUCGCGGCAGCCGGCAUGUUACUGGCUGCCAUGGUACUGCUGGUGGAGCUCCUCUUGGCCCGCAGAUACCCCUUCCUCUCUUGGCACUGA